AUGGCAAUUGUGGUGUUCUUAUUUUUUGUAUUAACUGUUGUUCCUAUACAGGCUGAUAUACCUAUGAUUCCAUUCAUCUCUGUUUCUAGCCAACAGUUUACAAUUAACUGUAGUCGCAUUGAUCAUGCAGUAAUGAGUGAUGAUCUGACAACAAUGUACGCUUGUUGUUCAUUCGAUAAUUAUAUUACUGCUGUCAAUAUGUCUGUUACACCACCUAAUGUAACACACUACAUUUAUGCAUACGCACCUCGAACUCCUGUCUUUUUGACUGGUCACAAUCUGUAUGCUUAUACCGUUGAUGGCUAUGUGGUAGUUCGGGCAAUAAAUCAUUCCCUGUUGGCAAAUAUUUCUGGCUACCCGCAUGCUGAUAAUAUGGCUUAUGAUGUAUUAACAGAUUCGUUAUACGUUGCUUUCAAUGGAUCUAGUGUUGAUUGUAUUAAUGUCACAGGAUUAAGUUUUCUUCGAUGUAAUUCCAUGUCGACGGUUACGGGCUUACCAGGUGUAGAACAAAUUAUACCAGAUCUUAACCAUCGUCGAUUGUUUGUAGCUACACCAGGAAAUAAUUCUGGUGCCGUGGCGGUAGUUACUCUUUCCAAUACAACAACCACCAUAAAGCUGUUACAAUUGCCAUCUUCAUGUGUUGAUGAUACUUCUCUUGCCUAUAUUGAUUCUGUGGAUCUAAUCUAUGUUGUAUGUCGAAAUCCGAAUUCUCUCUCAAUUCUUCGACCUGAUGGAACACUUUUUCAAUCGUUUUCUAACAGUUCAACAUUGCCCAAUAAUAAUGACGAUUUAUGGUUUGAUAAUAUCAACAAUCGAUUAUAUAUUAGUGGUAAUAGUUUUAUUAGUUCCUAUUCAUUGAACACUUCAAAUGGUUAUUUAAAACAAUUACAAAACACUCCUGCUGAUCCAACAACAAGAACAUCACUUUGGAUUCCAUCACAACAACGUUUCUAUACAUUUCCUCGAUAUAACAGUAGUCCAAUUACAGUCGGAGCAUUUAUUGUUAAUUCAAACUUUAACGAAGGUUUAGUGCAGAAACCGACAUUAUUCUAUUUACUUAUGGGCAUGCUGUUAUGUAUGUAUUUAUCAUUUAUAAUUGUGUAA